AGUAAUAAUGGCUCGAAAAAAUCCUAAUAUCAUAAUAACAGGCACUCCUGGUGUGGGGAAAACCAGUCAUGCUGAAGCAGUUGCUGAGGCUUGUGGUCUAAAGCACCUCUCUAUCAACGAAUUUGCAGAACGAGAGGGCUGCUAUGAUGGUCGGGACGAGGAGCUGCAAAGUUGGAUUGUAGACGAGGACAAGCUGCUGGACGCUCUCGAGUCCGCAAAUAUUCCAUCCGGGGGGUUCAUACUGGAUUGGCACGCUUGCGAUCUCUUUCCAAAGUCCUGGAUCGAUCUCGUGAUUGUUCUCAGAUGCGAUUCGACCAUUCUAUACGACCGCCUGAGCGCUCGCAAAUAUUCAGCCAAGAAGCUUGAAGAGAACAUGGACGCCGAGAUCAUGCAAGUGUUGCUGGACGAAGCUCGCGAAGCGUACGAUGAGGAAAUCGUCGUGGAACUCCAGAGUGAUUCGUUGGAUGAUAUCGACUCAAAUGUGGAGCGAAUACAACAGUGGGUGAAGAGGUGGAAGCAGGAUCGUAGUGCCGAGGAAGAUGGCGAUGGGGAGUGAAGGUCUUUCACUCCGUGUUCUCCUUGAGCCACUCUUUGAGCUUUUCCAACGCUUUGCCGCGGUGCGAGAUCUUGUUUUUUUCCUCUUUGGGCAUUUCAGCGUACGUUUGGCCCAUUGGCGUAUAUUCAAAAGCGGAGUCCCAGCCUGCAGUCAAAGGUCAGCAUGUAUCUUGAUCGAAGGGGAAAAUAAACAAGUGUCCAACGCACCGAAGACGGUAGGGCCUCUUGAGGGCACUAGUUUUCCCUAAGCACAAAGUCAGUUCCAGCGCAGGAAUGGAGGUUCUGGGGGAGAACUUGCAUCUGUUCGGCCUUGGAACAGGAUUGGCUCAUGCCCUGGCCCUUCUGAGUACGCAAAGGUAGCUACAGCUUGGACAGAUUUAUCCUCGAAGCCGUCGAGCAUUUUGUAGAGAUCAUGGGGCCCAAGGGCCUUCAAGAACCAUUUGCUAGCGAAAAAUUCAGUAUAUAAGACAUGAACACGUUAGUGAGACGCUUACAUGUACGGUCCUGGAAGGUCUUUGUACGCUUUGAAACAUAAACAAGUAUCUUCUGUUAGGACAGGUCCACCGAUCUGCAUCAUCUAAUGUCAGCG